GCAAAACAAAAUUUUCAAGCUUUACGCUUUGCAUUCCUGUCUGUUUCAUCUUGAUCUCUCUCUUUCUUCAUGGCCAUGGCGUCUUUGAACGUGGUGAAAGUAACGGAGAAAUGUAGGAUCAAACAGGCACCAAAUUCUGAGUCGGAGAAGAUCUCUGAAACCGUCGCUACUAAUUACAUUCCUCUCACUUUUUUUGACACAAUCUGGUUAAGAUUCCCCCCAACGCAACGAAUCUUCUUCUACGAAAUCGAUCAACUAUCGUCUGACUUUUUCUAUAACACCAUUAUCCCUAACCUCAAGAAUUCGCUCUCUCUCACCCUUCAACACUAUCCCUCGCUCGCCGGAGCAGUUACAUGGCAUCCUCAAACUGCCAAGCCGGUUAUCCGUCACGCUCCUGACGACGACGGCGUCUUCUUCUCAGUAGCCGAAUCAUGUGCAAACUUUGAUUCUCUUUCCACCCAUGAUUUGAAAGAAGCUAAAGAUUUGCAUGCCCUUUUGUGUUACACAAUAAACUCAAAUAACGGUCAGUCAUAUUUUAAAUAAUAAAUUGAAUGUCUUUAAUGGUGGAGAUCUCAA